GAAAGAAGGAGCUGCCUUCGUUUCAGGGCGAAGGCAGAUGCUCUUCUUUCUGGAACGGAGCCUCUGCUCCGAAGAGGCUCCGGGUCGCCCUCGGUCACCUCGAAAGGCCACCUUCGCUCCUCCCUCAGGCUCCGGCGGCGCCUCCUCUGUCCUGCCUCCUGCGACUCCCGCCUUAUCUUCGCAGGACCGGUCGGUCGAUGCCCGGGGACGGGCUCUGCAUCCUGCCGGCCGGGUCCCACCGUCGCUGGGCGGAUGCAGCCUUCCGUUGCCCCUGCCUCUACUGAGCCUUUAGCCAUGUUGGACCCCGCAGGGCACUUCACAAAAAGAAAGAAAACAUCUCUUUGGUUCACAGUUGCCCUUUUGGUGGUGUCUGUUUUCAUACUGACCAUAGGCCUUGCAGCAACCACAAGAACUGAAAAUGUAACUGUGGGAGGCUAUUAUCCAGGAAUAAUACUUGGUUUUGGAUCCUUCCUAGGGAUUAUUGGUAUCCAUCUGGUAGAGAAUCGAAAGCAAAUGCUGAUAGCAUCCAUCGUGUUCAUCAGCUUUGGAGUGGUAGCAGCUUUCUGUUGUGCAAUUGUUGAUGGUGUGUUUGCAGCACGUCACAUAGAACCUAGACCUUUAUAUACUAAAAGGUGCCAGUAUUAUACAAGUGGAAUCGGAUACUUAUUUGAUGCCUACCAGACAGAGGUGACCUGUUAUGCCUUAAAUAACAAAUGCCAGCUGAAAGUGAAAAGUAAUACGUGUUACUGCUGUGAUUUAUAUAACUGUGAAAACUCUGAACACUCUAUCAGCUAUUAUGAAUUCCUUGGUGUGAGCAGCUGUCAGGAUGUGGUUCACCUCUAUCGACUGCUUUGGUCAUCCACCAUCUUGAACAUCAUUGGCUUGUUCCUUGGCAUAAUCACAGCAGCCAUUCUUGGAGCCUUUAAAGAUGUGGUGCCUGUUUCCCAAAUUGCUUUCAGCUCUGCUCCACCACCACAGAUCCUUUACAAUCCUGCUCAGCAGAUCUUGACAUAUGCUGGAUUUUGUCCUUCAGCAGCUUCUGUUCCUCAUUAUCCUACCUAUCACCUUCCCCUUCAGCCUAACGGCAAUUUCCCAACAUCUUCGUCUACUGAUGUAGCUGAUGACCCCCAGCCACCUUCUCAGACCAGCUGUAACCAUGGGGUGCCUCCUAAUGCUCCUCCAUUAUACACACCAGCCUAUUUCUUGUCAGGUGAAAAGCCUCCACCGUACGUACCAUAGCCAACAGAUUAUUAUCCACCCGUUUUUCAAAAGAAAAAUAGCUUUGGCAGUGAGAUCAAUGUGUGCUGACUAGGUUAGCUUCCAUUCAUUAAUGUCAUUUUGUGUGGCAUUGUAUUUCCCCAUUUUAAGUCUCAGUGUCAGAAUGGAAAAUGGGCAGUGUGAAUGUAAGCAAAUAGUCCAUAAAAUCAAUGUCAAUUGGUUAAUGGGUUAUUCCCAGUAAUAUCAAGCAAUUUUUUUUUACCCCAACAGAGAUACCUUCUCUGACAGAGUCACAAGUGACUGCAUGUGAGAUUUAUGUCCACUUCUAUUAAUUCCUCCUAAUUAAGAAAAAAAUGCCAGAAAAAUGACAUACGCAUCUUUCAAUAAGUCAUUUCUAUAAAUAUUUUCCCUAUAUAUUCGUAUGCAAUUUGUGACAUGAGAUUUGUAUUACAAUAUCCAGAGAAGAGCAGACUCCCAAAACUAUAAUGUAAUCUGAGAUAUGCAUUCAAUUACUUUUCCUUUAAAAUGCAGACCAAAUCAAAUUGCCCAAUUUUCCUAAGCCAGAACUAUACUGAGUUGUAUUCAGGAUCAGGUAUAGUAAUAAAUAAGGUUAGUUAAAACCAAAAUAAGAAUAUUCUAAUAUUAUCCCUACAGCCACCCGCAAUAGGUUAGCAAGGCAGAUACACAUUUGUUUCAUAUGUGGUUUAACUUUCUAAUAACAAACCCCAAGGAAUGCAAUCUUUUCAUUUUAUUAUCCAAAAUUGACAAUUCGGUGAUUUAUGUCUAGUAAAAAAUUACCUAAAUUUAUUUAGAUAUUUCUGAGCAUAUAUAUAGCUCAGAUGUUUCUCUGUUUUUCUGCUUAUUCAAUAUCUUAUUUUGGGUAAAGAUAUGUUCCAAAAGAUUGUGGUAGUUAUUUUACAAUAAAAUAUUAUGUACAUGUUUUUCAUAUUUUCAGGAUAUGCAUUUUAUCAAAAGGAGAGAUAAAUAAUCUAAUCCUUGAUUAUGAUCUAGGUUCCUCUCCUUCCCCACCCCAAGGUACUAUAUUGAAACAUGAAAUAUAUUUUAAAUAUUUGGAUUUGUUCUCCUUGUCUGAAUAGUUUUUGUGUUGCUUAGGACUUAAUACUGCUGGAAAUAAAGUUAUUACUUUCUGCAUAUUGCAGAUUCAGCCAAUUAAUAAUUGGGCACAAAAAGGACAUUGUAAAAAGAAUCUGUUGGGAAAGAGGAGGAUUUGAGGUUCAACAACUUUUGAAAAGGCUGGACAGAGUUCCUUCUCCCCGUUGCCUGUUCCUAGCUUAAAAACACUCAUGUUGUCAACGUCUCAGAAGGCCAUAGGGCAGAGGCCCCCAAACCUUUAGGCACCAAGAACCGGUUCUGUGGGGAGGUUUUUCCACGGACCGGAGGGGGUGUGGUUUUGUGUGCUGCCUGCAUCCCAUGGAUGGGGCUUUGCUUGUUUGUGCGGCCUGGUUUCUGGCAUGCCGUGGCCCGGUGCCAGUCCACGGACCAGGGGUUGGGGACCCCUGCCAUAGGGGAUACAGCAAUAGUAGGGUUUUGUUUUCUUCCACACAAUUGUGGAAUUCUCAGAAACUUCCUGGAAAAGUUCCUGCAGUUUUCUUGGCAAAGGUUUUCCUUCAGAAGUGGUUUGCCAUUUCCUAGAUAUGAGAAAAAACAACUGGCUCCUGAUCACCAAGCAGGCUUUGUGCCAGAGGUAGACUAGAACUCAACACUCUCCCAAUUUCCAGCCUGAUGCCUUAAUCAGUACACCUCUCCUAGGAAGUUAUCAGGGCUUGCAAAAUCCUCUUCUAUUUCAUUAUCCACAAUAAACAGUGCUGGCUGAGAAAAUAUAUGCACAAUCUGAAAUAAAAAGGAUUGGUUUUGGGGAAAAAAAGUUAUUUAAAAUUAUAGUCCUGAAGAAAUAAAUGUAUUUUGUAUUGUAUUCCCCAAAUAUCCUCAAUAGUAGUAUUACCAGCCAUUCUUCCUAUAUUGUUAUAUAUUUAUAAUCUACAGUAAUAUUUCUCUGAAUAAUCUAAAUGAGGAGAUAUAUGCUUGCUUUUCUCUUUUUAAUUUGCAUAAUAACACCUAACACCAUAAUUUAAACAUUUUAAAAUUUCAAAAUGCUGAAUUAUCUGACAGUAUUUCUCAAUCUUAUGAACUUUAUGUGUGGACAUCAACUCCCAGAAUUCCCCAGCCACUUGGCUAAGGAAUUCUGGGAAUUAAAGUCCAACAUCUUAAUGUUCACAAGGUUGAGAAACACUGAUCUAUGAUAUGCAGUCAAUUCUGAACUCAUUACAACUAAGAACAUUUCAGAACAAGAAAAGGUUGUUUUCUUGAUUUGUAGAAAAAAACCAAGCUCAGAGAACACUAAGGAUCUCUCAUUUCAACCCUGAGCUGCAAAUAUUCUAUUGAUUCCAAACAUGCUUGACCUGAUAUAAUGGGCAUUCUGGGACUUGUUCUCUAAAUUAUUUGCUUUAAACAUAUUUUUAACCGAGUAACAAUUCCAUUGCAUGAAGAGGCAGUGGAAAUAUUUUUAGAAUGAAGUAAUUUGGGACAAUUAAAACUAUUUUAUAAUUAAAUAAUUUAGUGCUUUUAGAUAUUUCUGACCACACUGAACAAAUCAAUACAGAGGGCAAUGUCCAUUCCUAGAUAGGGUGUAGUUCUGGGAAAAGAAAUUUCAGUAGUCUAGUUCCUAAAGUAAGAUGAUUAAUAAAAGUCUUGGAAUCUGCUUGGGACUAGACAGGAACCCAUAUAAUAUGUGAGGUAUUUUAUAUAAUGAUACUUGAUCCAAUAUAACAAAUCUGAAAAAACAAAAAGCUAGAUUUGGGGCAGAAUGCCUAUAAGAAGAAAAAUUCAACUCUGGUGACAAUACUUAGCUUCCUAUCUACUACAGAAUACAGACUGAUAUUUUUCAAAGCUAUCUGAAGUACUAUAGGUAAUGUGACACUUCCAAGAGAUGACUAAAAUCAACCCAACCAGCUGAAGGGUAGCUCAGAGAGUGUAAAUUAAUCAACACCAUUGUAUACUGUACUUGCAGAUAAUGAAAAAAAACUGGAAAAGUUCAUUGUCUUGUAUACCAAGAGCUUAAAUAAUAACUGAAAUUUGAGCCAGGUCAGUAUCUCAAAAGACUGAAUUCCCUGGUUUCACAUCUCUGUUCCAGAUCUACAUCAUCCAAGAGCAAAUUAGGAGAUAGAAAUUCUAGACCACCAGCAAAGUAGAAUAGGGUUAGAUAUUAGAAUUAGUAAGUUCUAUUCUCUUAUAUGGUGAAAUUUCAGGCUCAGUUGGAGGUUGGUUACAGGAUUUAUGCUCUCAAUCAUAGUAGCUUUUCCAAUCAUGUUGAAAAUAUUACCAGUGUAUCUCCAAUAGACACAUACAGUUAUGCUCUCUAUAUUUUCAAUGAGAAAGGAGAAAAAAAUAUAUAGUGAUAUAUAUUUGUGGGCAUGUCUGUGUACAUGCAAGAAAGGAGAAUACGUGAACAGAUGAAUGAAUGCAGGAUAAAUGCCAUGUGUUUAAAUAAAAUCCUUUAAAAAUGUUUUUGUGGGCCUCUUCUUAUAUACGGAAAAAAUAGCAUCACAAAGUGACUUGAUAUAAAUAAGAUAACCAAUCUCAAAAAGCAUCCAAUAGCAGGUGAUAAAUCAGAGGGCUACACAUAUAUUACUAAAAAUAUACAGGUAUGUUUUUGCAAAAGCUUAAGCUUCACCUCUUUCUUCUCCAAUGCAAUACUGCUAUUCUAUAGUUUGCCAAGCAAUCCAAUUAGUAAGCUGCUGAUAAUGUUAUAGUGACAUAAUGCAAGUAUAUGAUACUACUUUGUAACUAUCCCCCUCAUAGAAAAAAUAUAUUGCUUUACUCCUAUAUUUUUUCAGCUUUUGGUGGGCUACAUUUGAAGAAAUGCUGUUAUGUUGGGAUAGAAAGGCAAAAGUCCUGGGGCAAAUAGCUUUCCAAUCAUAGACAAAGGCAAACAUGUUCUGAAAUAACACAAAUAAUCUCAAUAAACAACAGCAAGUUGUUACAAACAGCAGGAUAGACAUGGGCUAUAUAAAAAUUCAAGACAGCCUAAGCUUGUUACUUUUUCUAAAUUAACUUCUUAAUGGGGUAGUUAUUUGUAGCAUAUUAAGACUUCAUAAGGCCAAUCUGU